ACAGUAGCCGUAGAAGAUACUACAACUGUAGCCGUAGAAGAUACUACAACAGUAGCCGUAGAGGAUACUACAACACCAGCCGUAGAAGAUACUACAAAAGCAGACGUCGAAGAUACUACAACAGUAGCCGUAGAAGAUACUACAACAGUAGCCGUAGAAGAUACUACAACAGUAGCCGUAGAAGAUACUACAAUUGUUGCCGUAGAAGCUACUACAACAGUAGCCGGAGAAGAUACUACAACUGUAGCCGUAGAAGAUACUACAACAGUAGCCGUAGAAGAUACUACAACUGUAGCCGUAGAAGAUACUACAACAGUAGCCGUAGAAGAUACUACAAUUCUUGCCGUAGAAGAUAAUACAAUUGUUGCCGUAGAAGAUACUACAACAGUAGCCGUAGAAGAUACUACAACACCAGCCGUAGAAGAUACUACAACUGUAGCCGUAGAAGAAACGACAACAUCAACCUUAGCUACAACCACCAUCCUCCCUACUACACUAACCACCAUUCUUACACCCACCACCACCACCACACCCACCACCACCACCACCACACCCACCACCACCACCACCACACCCAUCACCACCACCACCACACCCACCACAACCACCACCACCAGCACCACUACAAGCACGCCCCCCAGACGUGGCCCCCCGUACAUGUGCUUUGAGUGCAGCAGUGGAGCCCCAGGCAGUUGGCAAAACGAAGCAUGUCCGGCCAACGGAAAACUGAAAGGUUGGGCCAGGCAACCAAUCAAAUGCAACGGUCAGUGCGUCGCUACAGUCAAGAGAUGGCCCUUAGGAGGUAAGAGCCGAGUCUUCAUUUUACUAGGUUUUCACAAGUUGUAAGCCACAAUGAGUUUAUUAGCACUAUGAUCUGUUAACAUUUAGCUCUCUACACUGUUAAGAUUUAGCAAUGUGAUCUGUAAAAAAUAUAUAUAUAAGCAAUGUGGCGAUAUUUUUAACACGUGCCAUUAUUGUUUUGCGAUGAUUUGGCAUUGGGUAAUAGCAUCUGUCAUCUGUUGACAUUUGCCCUUGUGAUAUGUUGGCAUUUUUUAGUUUUUAGCCUGGGUAUUUAUUGACUGUCGUGCCUAACAUUUGUACAAACAGUAAGUUACGUGAGCAGCAGGUGUGGAUCACGUGAUGUGCCAGGGGUUGUAACUCUAAAUUAAUGUUAUCUUUUCUUCCAGAUAUCGUCCGAAGCUGUUCCGGUAACUAUUACUUCGCCAGUCCUCCCCCUAAAACUGGCUGCAUACGAAGGAACGACGAGAUCACGUGCUUCUGCUCAUCCAAUCGCUGCAACGACAUGGACAUGCUUGACUGGCAGGCAACGCUGCUUAACGAAUUCCGAGGAUAAAAUUGAAGACAAAAAUGUAUCUUCGAUUUAAAACCAACGAGCCUUGACCUUGACCUUGAAUGAUGUGUUGAAGAAAAAACUGAAAAAAAAAUAUUGGGAUAGCAUCAAAAGUCAUGUGACAACAGGGGGCCCAAUUCUCCCCACUCCGAAAAAAUGUGAGAACACCUCGUGGGUUUAUUUAAUAAUAAAUUGAAGGGAUCUGAUCAUUUAUCAUUUACAUUUAAUGUCAAGUGUUAUGGUAGGCAGGGAAAACUGCUCAAUGUUACCCCCACCCCGCCCACCCCACCUUUUUAUGGCCCCCACAAUGCAUUUGUGCGAGUGUUGACUCCCCAAGUUUUGUCUUCUGCCAAUAAAGGGAAGCUAUCAAUUGUUUAAAGGGAAGCUAUCAAUUGUUUAAAGGGAAGCUAUCAAUUGUUUAAAGGGAAGCUAUCAAUUGUUUAAAGGGAAGCUACCAAUUGUUUAAAUGGAAGCUAUCAAUUGUUUAAAGGGAAGCUAUCAAUUGUUUAAAGGGAAGCUAUCAAUUGUUUAAAGGGAAGCUAUCAAUUGUUUAAAGAGAAGCUAUCAAUUGUUUAAAGGGAAGCUAUCAAUUGUUUAAAGGGAAGCUAUCAAUUGUUUAAAGAGAAGCUAUCAAUUGUUUAAAGGGAAGCUAUCAAUUGUUUAAAGGGAAGCUAUCAAUUGUUUAAAGGGAAGCUAUCAAUUGUUUUGGGGGCACUGUGUACAUGGCGGAUUUUUCAACUUUUAUGAUCAAGAAAUAUUGGCGUGUGAAUCUUCAUACAAGAACAUUUCUUUCUGGAGUUUUCGAUAACUUUUCAGAUGUCAGAUUAAUGUUGUUGUCCCAAAAUAAUGAAAUCCUUGCACAUGUUUGCAUUUUUUGUAUAGAAAUAAUAUUAUUUGUACUGUUAUUAGGUACCACCAAAGAGAGUCCCAAGCAUUAGCGCAGUGGCCUCUUGGGGGUAUCCCAAGUAUUAGCUCAGCAAAAAAAGGGGGGGGGAUGUCCCAAGCAUUAGCGCAGUGGACUCUUGGGGGUAUCCCAAGUAUUAGCUCAGCAAAAGGGGGGGGGGAUGUCCCAAGCAUUAGCGCGGGCAAGAGGUGUGCCAUGAAACUCAGGCUACGCACCUUAAACCAAGAUAAACAAAAAAUGAUAGUUGAAAGAAUGAUACAAGCAGAAUGAAUGACACGCACAGACAAUUAUCAUUUGUUGAUGAAUGACACAUGGCAUUUGUUAGCUGUGUGUUCACUCAUGUGACUUCAUAAUUUCUUAAUUUCCGGGGCAGUAUCAAUUGUUUGCCCCACAAACACAUCUGGAACAUCGAGAUUCGUUGAUGGUACAAACUUAUUGUCUCUGUAAUGGAAGAAUGAAGGAGAAAAAAAUGUCUUUUAUUGUCUCUGUAAUGGAAGAAUGAAAGAGAAAAAAUGUGUUUUAUUGUCUCUGUAAUGGAAGAAUGAAAGAGAAACUAUGUGUGCUAUUGUCUCUGUAAUGGAAGAAUGAAGGAGAAACUAUGUGUUUUAUUGUCUCUGUAAUGGAAGAAUGAAAGAGAAACUAUCUGUUCUAUUGUCUCUGUAAGGGAAGAAUGAAGGUGAAACUAUGUGUUUAGAUGCUUUGUGUCUCUUGAAAUGUUCAAAAUGUAAUCUUUUCAAUUUCAAGGAAACAAUUCAAUGUAUAUGCUGUAACCAUAUAAGAAGAUGGUAAUUUUUGUAUCUACUUCCUAGACAGGACGAACAUGCACAUUACAAUUAGACCAUUAAUUAUUAAAAUACUUAAACAUGAGAAAAAUAAUAUAUGAUAAGGGGCAGUAAUAAAUAUAAAUAUAUGCACGGUAUUCCACUUAUUGUUCUUCUCCUUGGCCAAGAGCCCUUUAUCGUGUCUACAGACGUGUUAGUGAGUCUACCAAUGUGUUGGUCAUUUAGGAUCUGACUAGUUACUUUCAAUCACUGUUUACUAGACAGGCAAGGCAUUUCAAUUAAAUCAUAGCAUGCCAUUAUCAGACUCAUUCCAAAUAGAUUUCCAAAUUAAAUACCUCAUUCCAAAUUGAACUUAUCAGUCCAAAAAUUAGUCACAUUAUUCCAAAUCACUCACAGUUUUGGACUUUUACAAAUAGUACGUACUGGAAUUAUUUGUUACAGCUGUCAAUAGUUUGUAAAUAAUUCAUUUUGAAAUAAGAUCAAUCUCGUGUAACCCCCCUCAAGACCCACCUCUUUCAGAACCCCAUCGCCCUGCUCACUCCAAUGUGUCUCCAAUGUGUCUCCAAUGUGUCUCCAAUGUGUCUCCAAUGUGUCUCCAAUGUGUCUCCAAUGUGUCUCCAAUGUGUCUCCAAUGUGUCUCCAAUAUGUCUCCAAUGUGUCUCCAAUGUGUCUCCACUGUGUCUCCAAUGUGUCUCCACUGUGUCUCCAAUGUGUCUCCAAUGUGUCUCCAAUGUGUCUCCAAUGUGUCUCCAAUGAUGUGUCUCCACUGUGUCUCCAAUGUGUCUCCACUGUGUCUCCAAUGUGUCUCCAAUGUGUCUCCAAUGUGUCUCCAAUGUGUCUCCAAUGUGUCUCCAAUGUGUCUCCAAUGUGUCUCCAAUGUGUCUCCACUGUGUCUCCAAUGUGUCUCCAAUGUGUCUCCACUGUGUCUCCAAUGUGUCUCCAAUGAUGUGUCUCCACUGUGUCUCCAAUGUGUCUCCAAUGUGUCUCCAAUGUGUCUCCAAUGUGUCUCCAAUGUGUCUCCAAUGUGUCUUGUAGCAUGAAUGGCCUAAGAUUAUUACUGUAUAUCGUGAACAUUCUUUUUAUUCAUCUUCAUGUCUAGGUUGUAUGGGCCAUUUCAGCUAUCAACUAUGUGAUGUUGUAUGGGCCAUUUCAGCUAUCAACUAUGUGAUGUUGUAUGGGCCAUUUCAGCUAUCA